GUGAACCCAGUAACACGAGACCAAUUAUUCAAGAAAAACAUGCUGAAAAUCCGCUUGGCGUUAUUGGUGUCAACAGCGGUGUAUGCCAUUGUGGCUAACUCACAGUCGUGGAAGAACCGAGCUCCCCUGAUCAGCAAGUAUGCAACUGACGGACAGCCGGUUUCACUCACGUGCCGCAAACCUCCCCCAGGGAAUGUUGGGUGGUAUAGACUUAAAGGAGGAUAUGUUUCCCAUCUCAACGUCGACCCCAGGAUACAAAUAUCCGCCAAAGGAACACUUUACUUCUCAUAUGUUAACAUCAUGGACACUGCCGUAUACAAGUGCAGCGUCACUAACUCGUCUACCAUACAACUCGGUAGUCCGGUCCAACUGAACGUCACGAAAGGUAACGCCGCAGACACGUGGCCAGUACUCAUGUAUUCGAGCGAGACAACGGACGCUACACAGGGACAGGCUGCAACACAACAGUGUAUCUUCAGCGGCAGGUGCUCAUAA